AUGAGACAGGUAAAAGAAAUCGACGCACCGGGUUUCUACCUGCCUCACCACGCGGUCUUUAAAAACACGAGCGCGACGACAAAGGUCCGCGUGGUUUUCGACGGCUCCGCUAAAUCGAGCAGCGGAUUAUCGCUUAAUGACGCGUUGUUAACCGGGCCCACGAUACAGAGCGACCUACUUUCACUGCUCCUGCGAUUUAGGAUGCACGUCUAUGUCUUGACCGGCGACAUAGAGAAAAUGUAUCGGCAAUUCCUCGUGCGACCGGAGGAUCGAGCCUUCCAGCGCAUCUUAUGGAGAGACGAGAAAAACAACGUGUCUACAUACGAGCUGAACACCGUCACGUUUGGUUUGACAGCAGCUCCAUAUCUCGCCAUAAGAUGCGUAUAUCAGCUCGCGGACGACGAAAGAGAACAAUUCCCGAACGCUUCGACGAUUGUGAAACGGGAUCUCUACGUCGACGAUUUGCUCACCGGAGCUGACACGAUCAAGGAGGCGAGAAAACUGCGAAGCGAAAUCCACAACCUGUUCGAACGAGGAGGAUUGAACAUCCGUCAAUGGGCCUCGAACGAACCACAGCUUCUCGCAGGACUGGACCACGAGCAGAUCCACCCGAAGAUCCUAGGCGACCCGACCACCAUGAAGACGCUCGGUAUAUCAUGGGACGCGCUGAAGGACAGGGUUCUCUACACGGUCGAGCCGCCAAGCAGCCAGAAGAUUACGAAACGAACGAUCCUGUCAGCAAUUGCCAAAAUCUUUGACCCGUUGGGACUCCUCGGCCCAGUAACUAUCACUGCAAAGAUGAUAAUGCAACGGCUAUGGCAACUGAAGAUCGACUGGGAUGAAUCGCUCCCAGCCAAUCUCUACACAGAAUGGACCACCUUCGUCAACCAACUGCAACUGCUGAACCACAUCGAGUUUCCACGCAACGUAACCCAACGAGCGGUCCAUCACAUCGAUAUACAUGGUUUCUGCGAUGCGAGCGAGCGAGCGUAUGGUGCGUGUUUAUACAUACGAACGAUAAACAGAGCAGGCCACAUCAGGAUGCAGCUUCUUUGUGCGAAAUCGCGCGUCGCACCACUCAAAACCAUCAGCCUCGCACGUUUGGAAUUAUGCGGUGCGGUGCUCCUAGCAUCGUUAUAUGCCACCGUCCGAGGAGCCAUCACACACGACAUCCGCAAUACGACAUUCUGGACCGAUUCUACCAUAGUUUUAAAUUGGAUCCACACACCACCGAACACACUGAAAACUUUCGUAGCAAACCGCGUAUCCGACAUACAGACGAAGACGGACGUAACGACAUGGCGACACGUGACAUCACAUGACAAUCCGGCCGACUUAUUAUCGCGAGGACUGACGCCCAUACAAUUCCUCGAAACCGACCUCUGGCGACGCGGACCUAGGUGGCUCUCAACCGUCGAAUCGGAGUGGCCAACAUCUAAGUUCGCGAUCACAACCGACGUGCCAGAGCGAAAGAAAAUCACAUGUCUCGCCACCACCACAGUACACACGGACGACAUCAUAACGCGGUACUCUUCGGCCACAAAGCUAAAACGAGUCGUAGCUUAUUGUUUGCGCUUCCGACCAAACCAUCGCACCAAUGGACCUCUCACCGUGCAAGAGAUCCAGGAGGCCACCGUACGCAUCGUUAAAAUCGUGCAGGCAAUCGAAUUUAAACAGGAGAUCCACAAUCUGACAUCGGGAACCACAUUAUCUUCAAAGAGCAAGCUUCGUCCGCUCAACCCGUUUCUCGACAGCAAGGGAAUUCUACGCGUCGGAGGACGCCUUCAAAACUCCUCACUGCCGUACGCUCAAAAGCAUCCGGUACUUUUACCAAGAAACCACCAUCUGACCACGUUGAUUAUUCGCGACUCACACAUGAAUAAUCAACACGCAGGCAUAACAUCUACCCUCAAUGACGUUAGGCAAACGUACUGGCCUAUCGAUGGGAAAAAUGCAACGCGCAAAAUCGUGCGACAGUGCGUCAGAUGCUUCCGAGUGGAUCCACCUACGGUAGACUACGUGAUGGGUAAUUUACCGGCAGCUCGCGUCACCGAUAGUCGACCAUUCCACAACAGUGGAGUCGACUAUUGCGGCCCAUUCUACGUAAAGGAACGGCGCAAUCGUAAUCGUGCGCGCGUUAAGGUCUACGUCGCCGUAUUUAUUUGCCUCGCUACGAAAGCGAUACACCUAGAGGUUGUGAGCGACAUGACCACCGAGGCCUUCAUCGCGGCCUUAAAACGCUUCAUGGCUCGAAGAGGACUCUGCCACAACAUUUAUUCCGACAACGGCACAAAUUUCGUUGCCGCGAAUAACGAGUUGACGGAGGUAUACCAGGCGCUCCAGGAGGACGACAAGGUCCGAAGAUUCCUCACGGACAAGGAAGUCACGUGGCACUUCAUGCCUGCCUUGUCACCUCAUUUCGGAGGACUUUGGGAGGCUGCCGUGAAAUCUUUCAAACACCAUGUGAAACGUGUUGUGGGUGAAGAAUUGUUUACGUUCGAGCAAUUCAACACCUUCGUCAUUGAAGUCGAAGCAAUCCUAAAUUCCCGUCCGCUAUCCCCCCUCUCCUCAGAUCCCAACGAUCCUACCGCACUGACUCCGGGUCACUUUUUGAUUGGUGGUUCCUUAACGAGCGUACCCGAGACUGAUUUCAGGAAAACACCAGCCAAUCGCUUAUCAAAUUGGCAGCACAUACAGAAGGUGAAACGAGAUUUCUGGUCGAGAUGGUACAAGGAGUACAUCAACCAUCUGAACGUGCGGCAGAAAUGGACCAAGGGCUCACACGAUAUCAAGGAGGGAACAGUGGUCGUCCUCAAGGAGAACAAUCUCCCACCACUGUUCUGGCAUCUGGGGCGAGUCGAGGAGAUUCAUCCGGGCGCAGACGAGAUCAUCCGAGCAGUCACCGUGUGGACCAGCAAGGGUAUUUAUAAACGCAACGUGAAACAGCUGGCACCCGUUCCCGACCAAGGUUCAACGUAG